CUUCAAGUGUCACACUUGUGACGAUUAUUGUCGUUAUGUUUGGUGAUGUUUUUGGCGCGGGUGCCAAUUACCAAGUUUAAAAAAUUUUAAUUGCUAUUUACUUCUAAAAUGAUGGGAUAUCGAAAACAUUAAGUAAAAUAUUUGUACAAAAUAUUAAGUCGUAUUUGUUUAAUAUGAAAUUACAGUGUCAAGUUGAAGUUAUUAACAGAGUACAUUGUAGUUUGAAUAUAAGAUCUAGUAGCAAGUAUUUAAAGUCUACUGUGGCUUUGGGGAAAGAGCCUAAUAACGACAAAGAAUAUUUUAUAAUACAUUUCUCUUCGGUCAAUAAAACUGGUACGAAAUAUAAAUUAAAAUCUAUUAAACAAGUGUUCGUAAAAUGUUUAAACGAAGGCAAAGCUACCAUAAGAUUUGCGGAACCUCCUCAUGACCUAUGCAUAAAAAGUGAAGUUAUUCAACUUAGAAGUUUUAUGAGAUUACUUAAGUCGUGUAUUACUGGAGAUAUAAAAGAUUUGAAACUUUCAAACUUAUCUACUAUUGGUGUUACUGCAAAAGACAUAGUUCCUACGAAGUUAACUAUCCAUGAGAGAUCAGAGUUCCCUUCUAGAGGUCUGCCCAGAACAUUGGAAUGUUUGUACAUAGUAGGACUUAAAUUAUGCAAUUUUCGAAGAGAUAUUCUGUUGUUAAAUAAUUUGGCUAUCUUAGACUUAAGUAACAAUGAAAUUGAGAAAAUACCUGCUGAAUUUGGACGACUGCCAAACAUCAGUGAAUUAUAUUUAGCAAAUAAUAGUCUUGGAAUAAAGGAAAUUGUGGAUUGGAGAUGGCUCUUUGGACCACAGAUAACAAAGAAGUUAAAGCUUUUAGAUCUCAGUGGAAAUAAAAUAAAAGAAUUACCGAAGAGUAUAUGGAAGUUGAUAAAUUUAAUAACGCUCAAGAUAGAUAAUAAUAAUCUUAAAAGGCUACCAGCCAGUUUAGGACGAAUCAACACCUUAAGGUAUCUCACAGUAUCCCAAAAUCAUUUGCAGUCUUUGCCUUGUGGUCUAAUGCAAUGCCGACUAGACUACAUUGAUUUGUCAACAAACAUGUUCAUUUCCGGAAAUAGUAGUCUUAAAGCAGUAAACUACUCCCAAUGGGAUUUUUAUAUCAAUAGCUUAGUACACAUUGCUGCGAAGGUUGUUUUAAAUAAUAAGUUUUUUUAUGCACCUAAUUUAAUACCUUGGACGUUAGUUGAAUUUUUAGAUAAUGCUAAUAUGUGUGUGUGUGGUAAGCCAGUUUUAAAUGACACUUAUUUUGUUAUUAAAGAAUUUGAGCUCAAGGACUUAUACAGAGUUGUAGUAUUCAAUAAUAGCCACAACUGCGCUGUUGGUUUUGAGUGUUACUUUUGCUCUCCUAAAUGUUUUGCAAAAUAAUUGUAUAAUCUCAUGUUAAAUAAAUAAUUGAACAUAUUUAUUGUCUAUGC